AUAAAGGGGAUGCAGAUGGAACAGAGCCUGCGAAGACUGUUCAGAAAGCUAGCACAGAGGAGCCUUCGCGAGCGAGACGAGCUGCUGCUGCAAAAGCAGCGAAGACAAUGAGCGAAACGCAGCAAGCUGCUGCAAGUCAGGACGACGGAGACGGUUCUUCGGACCGGACUUCUGGAGAUGAGUCCGCGAGCGAGGGCGAGGGCGAAGAAGGCGACACUGAAACCAGUGCUAGUCUCGAUGAAGAAGAGGAAAGCUCAGAAGAGGACAGCGAGGACGACUUCACGCCCUCGACGGGAAAGAGGCGCAAAGCGGGAGGGAGCAGCUCUGGUGGCAAGGAGUCCAGGAGCACGCGAGUGCGGAGGAAACGACCUGACUGGUCGCGAACAGAGGAGGUGACUCUGGUAUCUGCACACGCUACAUAUGGGAACCAAUGGGCCGCCAUCGCUGCUCGGCUGCCUGGCCGGUCGGCAAACGAAGUGAAGAAUAUUUGGCACAGCACACUGCGCUCCAAGUCGCUGCGCGGGCGGGCGCUGCUGCACGCCUACGCCAAGGCAGUGGAGGCCACCGUCAUGGACCCCACCGCGCGGCGGGCGGCGCUGGACGCCGCCCUGAAAGAGUACGGCGGCGGCGGCGCGGCGGCGGCGGCCGCAGCGGCCAUGGCGGCCAUGGCGGAGGCGGCCAAGACCGCGGCGGCACCCGGGGGCGGCCGCGGCCUGCUGAACUUGGGAGCGGACCUGCGGUCGCGCAGCGCAGGCGUGGGAGAGGGCGGCACCACGCCUGUGCUGAGCAUCAAGGGCGAGGCCGAUGGAUCCGGCCGGCCACAGCAGGGCGGUGGGGCGCUGCGGCAGCAGAGCGCGGCGCAGCAGCGCACGGGGAGUCAUGGCACAGCGGGCGCUGCUGGCGGGCCUGCCGACGGUGGUGCGCGAUCGCAGGGCGCCGGUGGACAGCCGCAUGGCGGUGGCGGCGGGAGUGCAAGCCCCCAUACUAAUAAGACACAUGUAGCCAAGCGCCCAGCAGCCGCUGGUGGCCAGGACGGCGGCGGGUCCGCUGCCGCUGGCGGCGGUGGCGCGGCCGCAGUGGCGGGCGCCGCCAAGCGACAGCGGCGGCGGCCCCAGGACGCACCUUCGCCGGGAGGUGCUGCGGCAGCGGCGCCGCCAAAGGGCGUGAGCACGAAAGACGCCGUCUCAGGCGCCGGCGGCGGAGGUGGAGGCGGUACGCCGAGCGCAAGUGCCGCCGCCACUGGCGAGCGGAUCCACCGCGCCUCCUCCUUCCAGCAGCCGCCGCCACCAAACGACGGCGCUCUUGCAGACGGCGGCACGGCUGCGACGGCGGGGCCCGGCCUGGUGUACCUGCUGCACAGCGGGCAGCAGCAGGGGCAGCAGCAGCAGGGGCAGCGAGUGAUCUACGUUCGGCAGCCGCCGCAUGCUCUGCCGCACCGCAUUGGAACAGGUGCCGCGCCGGCACAGGGGGCUGGCGGCGGCGGUGACGAGACGAUAAGGCCGGAAGGAGCUCCGGCUGCGGCCCGGCCACUGCACUGGAGCGGACACGUGCACGGUCAGGGCGGCAGUGGCGGCAGCGGGGCCAGCGUCAACGCGGCAGCGGGCACGGGGCCCGUCUCCAACUCACCCUCGCCGCCUGCGCCACCGCUCGGCGGCACCGCCGAUGGAUCAAGACUGCUCCAGCAUGCGGGCGGCACCGCCGCAAGCAUGAUGAGCGCAGCGGGCACUCUGGCGGGCGUCCUGGGCGGCGGCACGGUCCCGCCUUCUGCAGCCACGGUGGCUGCCGCGGUGGCUGCGGCACAGCACCAGCACCACCCACACCACCCGCACCAACACCAGCACCACCAGCACCGGCACCAGCAGGCGCACUCGCACGCUCAGCAGCAGCAGCAGCAGCACCAGCAGCAGCAGCGGUUGCUGCUGGAGGAGCACAGCAAGGACUACGCAUGGGCGCAAGAGCAGAUCCGCCGUCGGCAGGCGCUGCAGGAGAUGGAGGAGCAGCUGGAAUUGCUGCAGCAGCGGCAGGCAGCACUGAGCUCCGAACGGUCGGGGGCCGGAGGAGGAGGGGGCGCGCCGCCGCCGCGCCCGCCCCGCCCGCAGGCUCAUCACCCGCCGCCGCCGCGGCCGUCGGACCUGCUGCUGCUGCCCCCCGCGCAGGGCUCUAACCGCAGUGUUGCAGCGGCGGUCACACGUGGUGGGGGAGGUGGCAUCGGCGCCGCCGACAACCCUGCCUGGCCACUGCUAGCGCUCCCUGCGCCGCCGCCGCCGCCGCAGCAGCAGCAGCAGCAGCAUUACCGGCACCACCAGCCGGCGCAGCUGAUGCAGCAGGAGCCGCGCUUUUCGCAGCUGCUUCAGCGCCUUGGCCAGCAGCAGCACCAGCACCAGCAGGCUCCGCCGCAACAGCAACAGCAGCAGCUGCCCAACCUGUUCAACCGUGAGCGGCGUGAGGCGCUGCCGCUGACGGACGUGGCAUCUGUGAUGGGACUGGGCGCCCUGGCCUCGGACUCGGAGCUGGCCUGGUGCCUGUCAGGUCUCAUGGGGGAGGCCGCCGGCACCGGCAGGAGCCAAGGGCUGCUGGGCGGGCUUGGCGGCGGCCUGAGGGGCCUGGGCGGCCUUGACGGUUUCGGUGGUGCCGGUGGCGGCGGUGGGGCAGGCGGCGGCUUCGGCAGCUAUGGAGGGAGCGGAGACAUGUAGGCGUCAUGACGCUGAUCAGCCCAACGUGUGGAGCCUGUGGCGGCGGCCGGCAGCCAGCAGCAGCUUGACGGUGCCGCCAUUGCUGCUGACCGCAACGCAGCACCGCGGGUUGCAGGUGGUGCGGCUGCGUGUCACCUGCAUGGGCUAGCUACGGUACGGCGGUGGCCUCCCGUCUACCGGGCUUGGCGCACACAUGAUGGCCCUUCGUUCCCGCAUUGAUAGAUCUCAACGCCCCGUACAGUGUGUGGCGGCUCACUGGACUUCAUCCUUGCGGGCACAGAUUUAGUACAGUACCUAUCCAUGCGCCCAUGAACGGCUCAAACCAAAUCUUGGGGCCGUUCGUGAACAGCGAAGGCUCCUAACGCACGUCGGUGGCUGCCGCUCAUGGGAUUGGGGCAGUGCGGGAAUGCUAAACAUAGGACUGCUGGAUGGAGUGCCAAUGGUUUGGGUGGGAACACCCGCUGUGUUUUUUUAUGCGCAGCGCCCAGCGUAAGUGGGCAGCUGGGGUAACCCCGAGUGUUUGCUGCUGAAUGCAAUUUACGGAGUAUGUGCGUAUACCUGAUACGUGUGGCAGUUUGAAUGUUUCUACUGACGGGACGAGAGUCAACUGCGCUUGCUUGGUGGAUUGGGGCAGGGUUGCAAGACCUGCUUUCUAUCCACCUUUCUAUAAGGAGCCGAGGCCAUUUUCUCUGGACCACUUUGACACUCGUCCUGGCCGAAAUGCAGGGCCCCUGGACAACUUGAACUGCGCUAGGAAUGGAAGUAAUACUCGACUAAAUGUCCAUGCGACACCGAUGAUGAACGGUCUGGUACUUCUAACCUAAAAAGUAAUUGACGUCCACAACGCACAUGGCGAGUUGUGCAUGUUGGAGUAGGCCGCGCGUGCGUGGGGGCGGUCAAGGCGGUCGGUGGAUGGCAAGGCGGCACGACAGAUUCGGUUCAGCGAUGGGUGCGGGGCCCGGGCUUACAGGGCAGAGGCGUGUUUCUGUGUCCGUUUGUAAGCCCGAGGGAAAGAAGACGCUGAACGAUUGUAUGUAAUGCGGCGAGCUGUGUUGAGCGUGGAGGCGCUUUACUUUGGUCACUACACACGAUUUACCCAUGAAAGCCCGAGGGUCGCUGGCAGGCUCGCGGUGAAGAAGUAAGAAGAGCGAGCGGUAGUAGCGACUUGAGCUCAUUGGAAGCUGUUUAUCCGUGGAGUGUGGGGCCGUCACACCCCGUGCGCUAGUCUUAUUAGUUGUCCUUUCCCAUGCUGUCGACACUAUUGUGGUGCCGCGAUUGCACAAGAUUCUCGACGGAUAUUACCGACGUGCGUGUGCAGGGCUGGUCGUUCUUUCCUUGCGCUAAUGUCGUGUGCCCCGGUUGCCGAGCAAGUGGUGCAUUCGGGCGGCCUGUAGGCGGGGUACAUUCUGCUGCCGCGAUCGUAUCUCGGACGGUAUGUAUGUGUCGCGGUCAUGCCCUGCGGUCAAGGAGAUCUUGUCACGACAUUAGCAGGGAUCUGGUUCAUCCCAAAGUUGCCUUCUCAUGCCCGCUCUAGCCAUGCACAAUUUGCAAUGUACGAUUCGCGGCGAGGGGCCAGGCCUGGCACCGUGGACAAAGUUAGUACGUGCCCGGUGACUGUGCGUACAUUUGUGUUCGUAUGUGUGUGUAUGUGUGUGUGCGCGUGUGCGUGCGCGUGUGCGUGUGUGUGUAUGUGUGUGUGCUAUGUGUGUGGAUGUGUGUGUAUGUGUGUGUGCGCGUGUGCGUGCGUGUGCGCGCGCGCGUAUGUGUGUGUGUGUGUGUGUGUAUGUGUGUGUAUGUGCGCGUGUGCGUGUGUGUGUGUGUGUGUGUGUGUGUGUGUGCGCGCGCACACUGGAUCUUUGUGUCCUUUUCCAAGACUAGUCGGAUUAUCACUCUGCACGGUCGUUAUUCACGCCAUUUCCUUUUUCAUUGCCCUCGUAUGGAAACCAUGGGGGCUUUGAUGUGGCUGUUCUUUCUCUCUCCUAGAAUGAUGCUGGCGUUUCUGAGGAUGCACCGUGCUUGACCAGCGCGGUUUGUACGUCUCGUUAGUCAAUGUCAAUACAGUCAUGUAGUAACGCAAGAAGUUGCGCGGUGCUCCCGUGUGUAGCACGCACACAAACGUACCGAAUCAGCCGCAAGUAAGCGAGGCAGCAGGUGGCCGUGCAUGGAGCAGCGAGGCCCCACAGACCCUUCUCCUAACCCACAAAGCCACAACGGGGCUCCAUAAUGCGUGGCGUGAGGUUACUGAUACGGCAUUGCGGCUUCAGAGGGGGACUUCCUUGUCUGGUACGGCAGGAUGGAAUGCGCGGCUGCCCAGGAGACCACCCGGAGUCGGCUUGACGUCAGCGGUGUGGUCGUCUGGUAUGUAUGCGGACAUGGAAGUCAAGCGUACGCAUCGCGGAGUGUUGGCGGCUGCAGCAGUGGUGGUAGGCGAGGGAUGUCCAGGACUGAUGAUGAUGCCCCGGACGACUGUGGGGCCCUAAGGUGCGCGGUUGCACUGGGCGCUGCGCCAAGCGAUUGCACCAUAUGUGAACGCAGUGCUUAGGGAAGGGGUGCUGGGCUGUCGGUGUCUACGUGCGGUGCCUCUGUGUUUAUGAAGGAGGGCAACACGUGUUUGUGGAUGCGUAAAUGCGGUGCUGCUAUACGACGGCACCGCGGAGGCCGGUAGGUGCAUUGAGCCAUGCGAGCGCGGCAUUGCAGCACGUGGAUGGGCUGGAAAUUUGGCGUGGGCUGCGUGCGGAUGAUAUGCGGUGACUCGUGCAUGCAAACGGCACCGCUUGGGCGUAUGAUCAUGUGUGUGCUGAGCCGCGUGGCAGCUCGACAAUCCUGCAUGUGACGCACUCGAGCCCAAAAAGCGGCGAUUUGUUGCAUGCACGUUGGUUCGGAAUGGGUCCUUGGUGGGUUCUGCCAGGUUCUGCCCUCGACGGGAUCCAUCCGGGCCAAAUGUAACUGAACUGAUGCCAGCAUGUGGAGGAUGGCGGAGGACGGACAGGGGAC